UUGCGGGCAAGCUGAAACAAGUCGUUUCAAAACAAUACAGCAAAUUAAAUCGACCGUGUUCACUUUCGUACUGUAACAAUCUUAAAACACCAUUUUGGUCUACAAAAUGGUAAGGCAGUUGUGCAGCUAAUCUAUUGACAUGCACCAAGUACAACCUUUCCACGAGAAGAAUGGCCUCUAAAUCACCAAAGGACAAAGGAAGCAAGACAACAAGGAAACAGACAGGAAUCACACAAUUCGCUGCCUCUUCGAACACAUUUGUUGCAUCACCAACAAAGUCACCCAGCUCCAGAAAAUCUCCACAAACUCCUAACUCAAAAAGUCCCACAGGUACUGCAAAGUAUUCACCUAAUUUCAGCCGUAAGAAAAGGAAAAAACUAUUCAAGGAAUUGUCUGCAGCUUCUGUGGUUAAAUCUGAAGAUGCUCUGCCAGUCGAGGUCAGUAGUAAAAACACGAUUGAAAGUUUCUUUUCAAGAGUGAAGCCGCAAAAGUUUGUCCCCUGUCCUAUCUGCCAAGAAGAAGUGCCAUUAUCUGCAAUCAAUCAACAUCUCGAUAAAGGAUGUGUGGACACAACAACAAAAGAUGAGGAAGAUUUCGUACAAAAUCCCAAAAGGGUAAAAAGAAGAAGAACAAAAUCAGAGAAAACCAAAGACAAUGCUGUCCGGAAAGAAACUGUUGAUCAUUGCGCUUCAGCGAGGAAAAUUGCUGAGGUCAAGUCAGAUUUAAAAGACAGACGUACUCGGUUGAUGUUAAAGAAGAAGAUUGAUUCACACUCGCUUUACAAAUCUACCUCAGAAGCAUCAAAUUCUGACAAUCUUCAUGAAAGCUCUACUAACGGAAAAAGACUUUGUCAUGAAAAUAACCAACUCGGCUCACCAUCCUUGAAAUCGGUGGUUCAGAGCAAAUACUUCAAAACAGCAGAUACCUCUAAACAAAAUUCUGAAAUCUCAAGUACGCCAAAGCUAAGACAAAAUCUUUUAGUUAAAAGUCCUGAAGAAAAACUUUCCAAAAAGCGGAACUCAUCUGCAAGCUUGACUAAGGAUGAGGGAAUUUCCUUGGAGAGGAAACUAAGCAGCGCCAGUACUUGCUCAACAGUCCUCCUUUCACAGAGCCAGGAGUGUAAGGAAGAGGUCUUCAUGAUGUACUCCAACUCGUUUAUUCCAUCGAGCCAGGAGACGUCCAACAGCGAUGUCUUCUGCGACACAUCACCAGAUUUCUCCCACCAAUCGUCCUCCUUCUCGAAGUUAAUGAGACGGAGCGUAUCGUAUACAAGCAUGGCAUCUACUGAUGGAGGUGAAAUAAAUGGAACCCCUGGAACCACCGAUACAUCCUCUGGUAUUGGUUCACAAUCCUCUAAUAAUAGCGCUGGGUCUAUACAGCCCGAGGACCUUCCCAGCACCAGCGGCCAAGCAACGUGUGAGGAGUUCAUCCAAGCCGAAGAAUUCUCGUCACUAAACUGGGAAGAUGAUGAUCGACACAUUCCCACAUCAAUCACCACAAAUGCUGCAGAAUCGAGCAAACUUAUGUCUAGAGUUAGUAAGAGUGUCCUUAGUAGUUCAAUAUUAGAGACAAUCCCCCUGAGAGGAACCUCUGUCAAUAACCCUCAAACAGAUACACCCACUAAGAAAUUCAACAGCACAAAAAGCCCUCUCAGAACUCCUUCACCUAAGAAAGGUACACCUCCAGAGACAUCUCAGGAAUCAAGAACCCAUUCGCCUGAAAGAUCCAAGAAGGGCACGCCAUCCAAGAGCAGGGCGACAACGCCAUCAAUAAGAAGCCCUCUGAAGACAACCCCUUCUAAAACCUCUAGCCCAGCAAGAAGCCCUACCACCAGCCCUUGGAAGUACAAGGACCCCUACUUCUUGGCAAACUUCAAGCUGAUCCUCAAAACUGUCUUGGGGAUUGAAGAUGAUAGAAGUCUCUUCAACGACCAGGACAUGUUGUUCAUUGAAAGCUUCAGACAACUCUCAGCCCCAGCUCAGCAGUUAUACGUCAGGCUUUUCCAGAGGAAACACGCCUGGCUCAGAGUCGCAAAGCUGGACUAUCAAAGAAUUGCUGAGGAUCUCUCGCCAGUUGUGGAUGAGUUACAUCAAGCUGGUCUCACUCAAACAGAACAAGACCUGGAUGAUUUUGAAUCGUCUUUAAACCUCUGUGCCGCUCCCGACUUGAAAACCUUGGCGAAAACUCUUCGUCUGAGCACGCCCUCUAGUGGUCAGACCAAGCAAGAUCUCGUGGAGGCUUUACUAAAGCAUGGCCGAGAGCAGCGGUCUAUAUUUGCAGUCAGCAUGGAGGAAGUCCUAAAGAAAAAGGCUAAGAAGAUGCUUGGGUCUUGUAUCCGUCUGAGCAAUGAGCCGAGGGUUAUCUUCUCCCGCAUCCUUUUGCUCUUCUCUUUGACGACUGAUUUGGAAGAAGAAGACAAGGCCAAUGGUGGAAUGUCACAGCUACAAACACUUCUUCUGUCCAACAUGGGACGAGUUAUUUAUCCCACCUACAAGGUUCUGAGAACAGUCAAGAUAUUCAAGACGAGAGAAGAUCUCCUUAGAUACGAGACAGCCCUUCAUUAUGAGACUGACAUAGCAACUGCGAUGAGUACCAAUGAUUUUGAGCUUGCAUACCAGCUUCAACAGACUGCCAUGGAAACUUAUCAACAAAUCAGAAAGACACCAACAAUUCUCAAUCAUGACCUGUCACUGCCAGUGUUCCUACGCCGUUUCACAGCGUCUUGGACCUACACUCGUAUCAUGUACACCGGAGUAGAGAUACUACAGAAGAUGAGACGGUACGCAGAUGCAGUAGACGUGCUCCAUCGGCUCCUUGAUCAGACUAACUACUGUACAGCGAGUAGAGGGCGCUGGUGGGAACGACUAGCACUUAAUCUUGACCAGCAUCUCAAACGAUCUGAACAGGCACUUGAUGUUAUCAAAGACGGUUUAGAAGACAGUUUUGUGAGAACAGGUCAUCGUUUGGCAGUCCAAGUGCGAGCUCAGAAGAUUCUGAAAAGCUCCAGUUAUAAAAAGAAGAAGACACAGCCUCGGGAGUUUACAUUUGAUGAAAUCAGAGAAAUGCCAAGGGUGACCAUUGAGGGUCAAAUCUUGCCGUACCAGGCUCCAGGGAUUAAGAAUACCUUCGUGAGGGAGUGGACAGGAGGCAAGAAACAAGACGGUGACCUGGCGAUAUGUAGCGUAGAAGAGGUCGCCUUACAUCACUACAAGAGCCUGGGCUAUGAAGAAGGUGUUCACGGAGAGGGAAGUACAUUCACAACGCUAGCUUUUUUAUUAUUCUGGGAUAUCAUUUUCAUGGACGGAAUUCCAGAUGCAUUCUGCUAUCCGUACCAGUCUGCACCUCUAGAUAUCCGAUCGGAUGAUUUCUUUGCCAAUCGGCAAGAUGUUAUAGAACAGCGUCUGACGGAGCUAAGGGAAGCAGAUGAAGAGGGUUUAUUGACGAGACUUGGAAGUAGCUGGGAGGAAUACAAUGGAGAACAAUGCACUGGAGUAAGAUGGGAUCUCUUUAAUGAUCUGGAUCAUGCAAAGAGUCUUCUAGUUUGUUUCGGUGGUCAGUUCAUAGCAGCUGUUGCUGAGCGGAUUCUACAGGAUCAUCGUCAUUGCCGAGGGGGUAUGCCAGACCUCACUAUGUGGAGCCCCGAGUCAGGCAAAUUCAAGCUUGUCGAAGUGAAAGGCCCAGGAGAUCGAUUAGCACAGAAGCAGAUUCUAUGGAUUGAUUUCUUUCUAUCUCUGGGUGUAGAUGCCGAGGUCUGCCAUGUUACAGCUGUUGGAUCUAAAAGACGUAAAUUAUUCCGGGCUUCAAGCAGAGACAGUGAAGCAUCUAGUGCAUCCAGUAUGAGUCAAGUCUGAUAUAUGAAGACCCUGUAAAGGUACAAACAAAGCAAGCCUGAUGGGCAGAUGAUAUUACAGUGAAUGGACCCCUUGCACUAACGUUACACUCAGCUACAGUCUACCACAUUGACAUUUUGAAAGUCAUUGGCAAGCAUAACAGCAGCGCCACUAAAAUGUGUACUUCACUGUGAAACACACCAGGACGUUUACUCCCAAAAUGAUGCAACAAAGAUUAUUGUGAUGGGGACGUCUGGUGAGUUGGGUCAAGUUGGAAUCUAGGUCAUGUCUACCGAAAGAAGGCACAAAACUUAUUCAUAAUUUGCAUCAUUGUACCAAGGAGUAUUGAGGAGAGGGGGUGCACUGAGAGGGAGGACGGGACACAGAGGAGUCAACUGGCAUGGACGGCUGUUGAAUGCAUGACAUACUACUUGUGACAACUAUCCAAAAUAUAUAUAUAUAUCAUGGCAGCACCUUCAUGCCUACAAUAUUGACAAGCACUAAAAACACUUAAUGAGUGUAAUAGCACAA